AUGGCCCCCCCUCCUAUCUUUCGGGAGUCGACCAUUUCCGGGGCCGACAACAUUAGGUCAAGGUUUACUGAUUCGAAUGCCUUGUACUUUGGGCAACACCGUAUUUUCCAACUCAGACCUCCAGCCGAGAUAUCUGGCGCCAACAUGGUACAGGAGUUGAAUCUUCGGCUGCCUUCUAAGAGUUCAACACUGCCAUCUUUACACAGCCGCGAGCUUAGCUCUCCCACAAACAUACCCCGAUUCUUUGAUAUAUCGCCGCGCUCCGCUCCCUUUGAACACGAUGAUGGGAGACACAUAUCACCUCGAAAAACUGAUGCCGCCAAGUCUCCACAAGGACUUACGCCCCUCAUCAGUAGCGACAAAACCAUGUCCGCGCAGGGCAGCUAUGAGGACACGGGGAUGGGAGGUUUUAGUUCGCUGAAAAGAAUGCGCAUAGAAGGCAGCUGCAGUGCAGAAAGGCAAGAACGUAAGCGCCAGCCAUCUAGUCGCUCGACCGCAGGCGGAGCCUUAACAUCUCACGCGUACCGCGCAGAUACCCGGAACAUAGGGAGUUGUGCACCUUCAAUGGAUCUCUCCAACCUGUGGCUGACGACAACGACGACAUUCGAGCGUCACUCACCGGAGUCGCACUCGCUUGGGUCUGUAUCCUCAACGUCGGCUACAUCGCCACAUGCUACGAGCGCGUCCUUGUGUUCCAGCCCAACGUCUUCCGCGUCAACGGGAGCCACAGGGCACGGCAAUAACAGUUCAGGGACGCCACUGCGCAGGGAUGCGAAUCAACCGCAGGAUAACAAGAAUCUCGAGACUGACGAAGACCGCAUGGUGCAUACGAUUGAGAAACAAUUUAGCUGCAGCAAGUGCGGGAAACAUUUCAAGAACAAGAACGAAGCCAAACGACAUGCAAAGUCAGUGCAUCUACGGCGAUUCUCCUGGUCAUGCAAGGCACCUUCUGAUUUUCGGAUGACUUUUUACCCAUCGACAGCACGCCCUAGCGAAGCUGAUACCUGUGGGUACUGCGGCAAAGAUUUCGCGCGCUCAGGGGGACCACCUAAGAGCAAGUUUGCGACAAAGGGCGACUGGAAUAAGCGCCUCUAUCACCUCGAGGAAGCUCACGAAUUCAGCAAGUGCAAUCGCAAGAAGUUCUACCGGGCGGAUCAUUUCCGCCAACACCUCAAGCAUAGCCAUGCUCGUGCCGGGGGGUCCUACCAACUCGACAACGCCUGCAUGACUGAAGCCAACGGUGGCUCUGGCGCCUAG